GCAAUGCAGAAUAGUAAAUCCCUGUAUUUGAGUUUUUUGUUCUGUGUUGUGUUUCUUGCUUUGAUAUAUUCGACAGGGUGCAAGAAGAAAAAAACUCUAAAGCCAUGUAUGAAUUUGCAAUUUUAUUACCACGAUAUACUUUACCUUGGCUCCGAUGUUGAGAAUGCAACAUCUGUAUUGAUUGCCAAACCACCCGAUACUGCUAAUUUUAGUCUCCAGUUUGGAUAUAUGGUGAUUUUUGAUGAUCCCAUUACACUUGACAGCAAUAUGCAUUCUCCCCAAGUGGGGAGAGCUCAAGGCCUGUACGUCUACAAUGGAAAACAUAUCCAGGGUGCUUGGUUUGGCUUCACUAUUGUUUUGAAUUCUACUGACUAUAAAGGCUCCCUUACCAUUGCUGGAGCAGAUUACCCACUUGAUGAUAAGCACAGAUAUUUUUCUGUUGUGGGUGGGACUGGGGAUUUCCUCAUGGCAAGAGGAGUUUGCACUAUUACCACUGAUGAGGUGGAGCCAAUCACUUAUUUUAGGCUACUCAUGAAUAUCACUCUCUAUGAGUGUUAUACAUAAGGAGUGAUUGUAUGCUGGUUAUGUGCAAGUCUGC